GAAAAAAAUUCUGCAAAGUGGGUGGUGCUUAAAGGAACAAUGAGACACAGUCUAGUGUGGGGCCACAUGUAGAGGGGAUAAGCAAGGCUGUAGUAAGCGCCGUUACCAACUUGGUACUUUGUGGUUAUAGUUUUCUCCAAGUUGCGCUUAAGAAAGUAUGAACAUGGGCAAAACUGAGAAACUCUAUCAAUCAACCAACUGGAUAUUAAAGUAUGUCACCGGAGAUUUGUUCUCCUGUCCACGCGAUGAAUCCUUGGCCCACUGCAUCAGUGAAGACUGUCGCAUGGGAGCAGGCAUAGCGGUGAUGUUCAAGAAGAAGUUUGGUCGAGUCUCAGAGUUAAAGGAGCAGAAGAAGCUUCCAGGGCAGUGUGCUGUCCUGACAUAUGAUCAACGUUUCAUCUACUAUCUGAUCACAAAGAAAAAAGCCAGCCAGAAACCCACGUAUGUCAACCUAAGACAGAGUCUGGAAGACAUGAAAUCUCACUGCUUAGAAAAUGGUGUCAAUAGGAUAUCAAUACCUCGAAUUGGCUGUGGCUUGGACCAGCUGCUGUGGUCAAAGGUGUCAAAGAUCCUGGAACAGAUCUUUAAAGAGACAAAUAUCUCCAUCACAGUAUACAGCCUGCCCUGUGUUGGGUCAAAGCUUCAAAUGCAUGCCGUGUAGCACAUUUUCAUUGGGUUUUUUUUAGCUUUAAAUCCUUUAUAAUCUCUUAAAAUUUUGGAUGAAAUCAACACUCCUUAAACAGUUUUAAGGAAACAAUAAAUAAGGAAACAAUAAAAACCUCCACAUGAGAUGUUUAGAUACAAGACUUUUAACAUCCCACUGAUGUAAAAAAUGAUGUUUCUUGCCAUUAAAGAUACGAAACUUAUUCCAAACACUGAUGUUGCACUCUGUGAAUAUCAUACUACAUGAUGCUACUACUAAAUCAUGCUACAUAAAGUGAUCCAACAAAGCCCCUGAGGCAGGUAAAAUACAAUAGUUAUGCCUAAAAUUUGUUUUUUUGUUUUUCUAAAUCUAUAUAGUUGUUGAAAACGUAGCUUUUCCUGUGAAUCUGUAAAUCUAAAUUGUGAAAGAGUUUGCUUCUCUAGCUUUAUUUUCCUGACCC